AUGGGCGCACGCCGAGUUCAGAGUUCUAUUACAAUGCAGCACAUCCCCACCACUAAGAAGAUAGAAGAAGAAGGCCAAAUAUACUUCGAAGUCUACACGAGCAACGGCCUCGCCAGAAGCAUCUCCUCCCCUGCCCCCUUAAGAAGCGCAUAUGCAGAUCUCCCUGCAGAGGAGAGUUUUUCCUCCCAGAAGUUCGUGAGUCUCCGAAUCCUCUACAGCAUCAGCAGAAACCAAAACUCCCACGUCUUCCUGGGGCGCAGCAUCUCCACGGGGAAGCUUCUUGUCGUGAAAAUGAUCAGCACUCGCACGAGGGAGAACCAAGCCCAAGUAAAAAACGAGACAAACCUCCUCCCAGGACUCCUGCACAGGAACAUAAUACGAUACUUCGGGCACGAUCACUUCCUGCGCACAGCUACUAUAUACCUCGAGUACUUCAAGAGCGUGGAGCUAUUCAGUCUCCUGCAGCAGAAUAGGAUCCUCCCCGUGGGACUUGCCCUGCACAUCUUCCGAGAACUUGCAGAUGCUCUCUCCUACAUGCACGAGAGAAGAAUCUGUCACCUCGACAUAAAGCCAGAGAAUAUUCUCAUCAACAGCCGCCUGCAGAUAAAGCUCAUAGACUUCGGAAUGUCCCAGAGAGCGCUGAAGAACGGCCUUGUAGAAGCAUACGGGGGAUCAGUGAACUAUGCCUCUCCGGAGGCUGUUGAGGGGGGAGUUUACAACGGAUUCCUUGCAGAUUCUUGGUCCUGCGGGGUAGUUCUCUUCCUGAUGGUGAACGGGAGUUUUCCCGUCUCCAGCGCAUCCCCCUCCCUCCCCCACGUCCCACGGGAGAUACUCCGCAUCCUCGAGCGACUUCUGCGCAUUUCCCCUAAUGAAAGAUCACCAAUCCAAGAGCUCGAGCUGUAA